CGCCCAUGAGGCUAGUGCUGAGUACCGUGUCUAACAGUAACAGAAAUCUCAUCAGACCUGCCAGAGACUGAGAAACAGAUCCCAGCACUGUGAAGCCAAGGGCUGAGUUAAAGGACAACAUCAAGACAUCUUCCCUCCAAGAUGCUGUACUGUCCUGUGAGCCAGAAAGCAAACACCAGCAUAUUUCUCCCAUCAAACCUAACAGACAAGGUGACUUCCUUGAACCUGUUCACCAUUUCCCUCCAUGGCAUUUUCGCUUCCAUUGGUAUAUUUGAAAACCUCCUCAUCCUGGGAGUAGUGGGCUUCCAUGUCCGUCGCUCUGUCAUCAGCAUCUGGAUCCUGAACCUCGCCGCCUCUGACCUGCUGGCCACCUCUUCCCUGCCCUUCUUCACCCUCUACAUGGCCCGCGGCAACACCUGGACCUUGGGCCCGACCUUCUGCCGCAUCCAUUCUUCCAUCUUCUUUCUCAACAUGUUUGUCAGUGCCUUCCUGCUGGCGGCCAUUUCUAUGGACCGCUGUCUGGUGGUGCUGAGACCCGUCUGGGCGCAGAACUACAGGAACAUCCGACUAGUGGGGAAGAUUUGUGGGGUGCUUUGGGCCUUAGCUGUGCUAUUCACCAUCCCCUUCUACAUCUUCCGUGAUACCAUUCCUCUUCCUGGUGGCAAGAUCCUGUGUUACUACAAUUAUGCUCGCCUCCUCCCUGCUGAACCCUUUGACCUAGAAGCUUUGUGUAAGCAGCGUAAGGAGGCCUUGGCCCUCAUGAGACUCUUCCUCGCCUUCCUGAUCCCUCUACUGAUCAUCAUCCUGAGCUAUGCUGCCGUGAAUACCAGCUUGGCGCACAGAGGCUGUCGACGCCCUUUCCGUUUCGUUCGGCUCGUAGUGGCUGUGGUGGUGACUUUUAUUCUCUGCUGGGCUCCAUACCACUUCUUCAUAGUCUUGGAGGUGAUGGCCCCCAAUGAGCAUUCUGCACAGAAAUUUGCAAGUCGUGCGCUCCCAAUCGCAGCAACCAUCGGCUUCCUGAACAGUGUCCUUAACCCCAUUCUGUAUGUGUUCAGCUGCCCUGAUCUGUGCAGGAAGAUCAGGCACUCUCUGGGUGCGGUGAUGGAGAGCGUUCUGGCUGAGGAUCUGGCAGAGCUGUCCCGGCGCCGCAGCACCGCUCGCACCUCUAUCAGCAACACCACCGAGGUUAUGUUAAAGAAGAAUGCUAUUACCACCUAUACAAAAGCAGAUGAACAAGACCAAACUGAAGAUCUUGUUAACUCUGCUCAGAGCUGAGCGAUAAUAUUGUGUUAAUGCUCUAACAGUGCCCAGGCUAUUAUUUGCUUCUUUAAAACGUAUCUAUAUAUGACACAGGCCUUUAUUGUAACAAUUAUAGCUUAGCAUAUUUCAGUUAGAAGUUAGUGUUCUGAUCUGCUCCAGUUUGAAUUUGCUGUUGAUAGCAAUUGAUGUUAAUUCCAAAGCAAAACAUAUACCAUGUUUACCUGCCGUCUCUGUAAAUACUUCCACUACAACUACAGUUAAGACAUACUCAGCUAUCUACUGCUAAGAAAUAUAGUUUUCAUCCACCUCCUAUCACUUUCUAAUUCCCUUUGCUUCCAUGAUGGGUUUGUUUGAGUUGAUACUGUCAGUGAAACGCAAUUCUUCCUGCACUGAUGUUUCAAAGUAAAACCCAUCCAGCGGCUCUGAAAGUGUUCGGUGCUUCAUUCCAACGUGGUGGGAAUAAACAAGAGAGGUAGAUGAAUAAUAAGGAAAUAACUUAAACAAACAGAAAAAAAUAAAUAUCUCUUUGUGCUCAAAACAUUAUUACAUUUAAAGGGAUAGUUCACCUCAAAAUCAAAAAUACGUAUCUUAGUGUGCCUUUACUCAUGAGAAAGUGGCUAAUGCUCAUGACAGUGUGAGGGUAAGCUGUUGUGUUAGCUAGCUCAGUUGUGCUAGGUGAGCUAGCAGUAGACUCACGCUUUUUUCUGCGCAGUGAUAAAGUUGGUGAGUGUAUCUUGGUAGAAAGAAAAUAGCUCCUACAUAAAUCUGCUCACAACAAGGUCUGUGGGUUAUCUUGGGUAACCAGUUCGUGAUUUCUGGAAAGAGACAUUGCUGUUGAGUUUUUCAUAUACAUUUUUUUGGCACUUUGAGCACCGCAAGCCGAGUACCAUCUAGUUCCAUUAUACUGGAGAGAAGGCAGGCAUCUCUACGGCCGACAUCUCAGACACUCGGCAACUCACACCAAAACUAUCCAGACUGAUAAACAGCACUACAACUAACAGGAAAAAUAUGUAUUUUUAAUAAUGGGAUGAACUGUCCCUUUAAAAUAAUUAACUAAGACAUACUUUCAAUCAACCAGGAAAAAGGAGUAUAAAAUAGUUAGGGGACAGGGCCCACUGGAUGCAAGUCAUAAAGCUUACCAACAAGUUCAGUUGGAAUAACCCCCUCCAUUCUUGGUAGGCUUUUACUUUGAAAGACAGGCAGGAAGUAUUACAUUUCAUUGGUAGAAACCUAAUCAUUUAAAAAAGACAGCAGAGUGGAUUUAGGAUUUAGGAUUUAGUCAGCAUUGCUCUGCAGUGUGUAAACCCCAAAUGAAUGGCAAUUGCUGGAACAAACAUACCGCCUACUUUAUGAUUUUGUUAGUUUUUAAUCAGAUGAUUAAAAGAUGUGUAUAUUUUGGUGGACGUACAUUAUUGCUCCUUUUUUUUUUUGCCUCUAUGAUUCGUAAAAAGAUCGCACUGUAAGUCACAGGCACAUGAGGUUAAAAAAAAAAAAAAAAAACAUUUCUCUCACCUGAUGUUAUCAGUUGCUGCAGAUGCUACAUAAAGUAUGCUCUUGCUUCUAUAAUAGAAAACAGAUGAUAGAGAUUAAACGUUGUACUGUAUAUAUGCUCCAAUGCUUAAUGCUUUCCACUUAUGUAAUGUCUGUAUGUUUUUUGUAAGCAUUAAUAAAUACAAAGGGAAGUGUUCUGCUGUUGCAGUGUGACACUUGCCUUGCUGUUAUAACCACA